CGGAAUUCUGUGUCUUCGCCCAGCUACCAGUCAGCUCUUUCUUUUCAGUCAUAUUUCCUUCUCUUUGAAUUCGCUAGUAGCUUUUGAUUUCCUACUUAGCAUCUAAGAGAGAGAGAGAGAGAGAGAUGUCGUGCUUAGCAUCUUGCUGUGCUGCGUCCACGUGCGGGCUGUGCUCAUCGGUGGCGUCUGGGAUCUCCAAGAAAUCGGCUAGGCUCGCCUAUUGUGGUCUCUUUGGCCUUUCCCUCGUUGUUUCUUGGAUUCUUAGGGAAGUUGCUGCUCCUCUUUUGGAGAAAUUACCAUGGAUAAACACUUCUACUCACACAAAGGCAUGGUUUCAACAACAGGCAGUACUUCGUGUAAGCUUGGGAAAUUGCCUGUUUUUUGCUAUACUAGCUCUAAUAAUGAUUGGUGUGAAGGACCAAAAUGACAAACGUGAUUCAUGGCAUCAUGGUGGAUGGAUUGCAAAGAUGGUGAUCUGGCUUUUGCUUGUGAUCCUUAUGUUCUUCCUUCCCAAUGUUGUCAUCACAGUCUAUGGAACUUUAUCGAAGUUUGGUGCAGGGCUGUUUUUGUUGGUUCAAGUGAUUAUAUUACUUGACUUUACACACUCAUGGAAUGAUGCCUGGGUUGAAAAAGAUGAACAAAAAUGGUAUAUUGCUUUACUUGCUGUAUCAGUUGGUUGCUACCUUGCAGCAUUUGUAUUCUCUGGAAUUUUGUUUAUGUGGUUCAACCCUUCUGGUCAUGACUGCGGCCUUAACAUUUUCUUUAUUGUCAUGACAAUGGUUCUGGCAUUUGCUUUUGGAAUUAUAGCUUUGCAUCCUGCGGUGAAUGGCAGCCUCUUGCCUGCUUCCGUGAUAUCAAUUUACUGUGCUUAUGUCUGCUUUACGGGUCUCUCCAGUGAACCUCGAGAUUAUGUAUGCAAUGGUCUCCAUAAUAAAUCCUCAGCUGUUUCCACUAGUACUCUUAUUCUUGGGAUGCUCACAACAGUUCUCUCAGUUCUCUAUUCAGCCCUCCGUGCGGGAUCCUCGACAACAUUUUUAUCACCACCAUCUUCCCCAAAGUCAGGUGGUAAGAAACCACUUCUAGAAGGGGAAGAUGUGGAAGAAGGGAAGGAAAAGGAGAAAGAAGCUCGACCAGUUAGUUAUUCCUAUUCAUUCUUCCACCUGAUCUUUGCCUUGGCAAGCAUGUACUCUGCUAUGCUUCUUUCAGGAUGGACCAGCUCAUCGGACAGCUCAGUUCUUGUAGAUGUUGGCUGGACAUCAGUCUGGGUUAGAAUUUGCACCGAGUGGGUCACUGCUGCACUCUACGUUUGGACCCUUGUGGCACCAACGAUUAUCCCUGACCGCGAGUUCUUCUAGAAACUAAUAACAUCUGAAUAGUUGGGUAAUAGUGUAGAAAGCUUGUCAAUUUUUCAGAACUUUCAAUGCCCUUCCUUUCCCCGUCCUGUAUUUGGAAACUGAUGGUUUUAGAAAGUGAGGCCAGGGUUGUUGGUUUAUUGUAUCCUACAUACAAACUGCGCAUGAUGAAUGUACAGAGUCAAAGUUGUUAUAGAACCAAUAACUCAGUAUUGGGCUUUUAUAUUUGAAGCUCUUCCA